UGAUCGAAAAGGCGCGUAACCCACGCUAACUCGCCAUCUUUUCCAGGUGACUUCCGGUUCUACAUCUCUGCAACUUUGGAAUCGCCUUUUACAUUUGUUUUGACAAAUUAAAUAGCGAUGGCAACCAAAACCCCCAAAAGCAGUAAGAAAACCAUAAUUACAACCACUACAACACAACGGACGUCAACCCCGUCCACAUCUGCAGCAUCAUCACCCGGCCGGCGUGCGAGGUCUCCAUCACCAGCACGCAUCUCCCGUCAAGCAGAAAAGGAGGAGCUCUCAAGUUUGAACGAUCGACUAGCAGCUUAUAUCGACAGAGUUAGAUAUCUAGAAAAUGAGAAUAGCCGCUUACAGGUUGCUGUAAAAUCAACAGAAGAAACCGUCACCCGUGAAGUAUCAAGUGUAAAACACUUGUACGAAACAGAGUUGGAAGAUGCAAGAAAACUGCUUGAUGACACUGCAAAGGAGAAAGCUAGAUUGCAAAUUGAGGCAUCUAAGCUGAAGGCUGAAACAGAUGAAUGGAGAUCUAAAUAUUAUAAAAGGGACAAGGAGGCUAAGGAUGCAGAAGGACAACUACUUGGUUUACAAAAGGACUUGGCAGACUUGGAAGGUAAACUGGCUGUAUCUGAACAACAAAGAAAACAUUGGGAAAAGGAAUAUAAUAAAAUUAAAGGUGAUAUUGCAAUGUUGGAAAGACAGCUUGCAACCAGUAAAAAGCAGCUGGAAGAGGAGACCUUAGCUAGGGUUGACCUACAGAACAGAUUACAGACAAUGAAGGAGGAACUGACCUUUAAAUCACAAAUGCAUGAACAGGAAUUGAAUGAAACCAGAGUAAGAACCACAAGAGAGGUGGAAGAAGUAGACUCAAGUGUAAGAAUGGACUAUGAGACUAAACUUCAGGAUGCAUUGAGACAAAUGAGAGAUGAAAGUGAUGAGAAACUAUUCGUUGGCAAACAAGAAAUAGAGACAGUUUAUGAAAGAAGGAUUGAUGACCUCCAGUCCCAGUUAGAGAGGACAAUGAAUGAUUCCACUGUACAUAACCAUGAUGCUUAUACCUAUCGUAGACAAGUGGAUGAACUCAAUUCAGAGCUAGCAAGACUCAGGGACCAGAACGUUUCAUUAGAAGGAAGAGUUAGAACUUUGGAAGCUCAAAUAAUGAAGGAACAAGAUGAUUUCCUAGAAAGAUUAGCUCAGAAAGAUUUAGAUAUGACGGCUCUACAAGAAAACCUUAACGAAUUAACCCAAGAGUACAGUGAUCUGCUUGAGAUUAAAAUCAAACUUGAUCUUGAAAUAGCCAACUACCGAAAACUGUUGGAAGGAGAAGAAGACAGACUGAAUAUUAGUAGUAUUAGUUCUUUGUCUCCUGGUACUCCUAGCAGAGGUGCUAAGAGGAAGAGAGUGGCAUUGUCAGAAGAAGUAACAGAGUUUGGCGAGACGUCCAGUGGAUUAUCUUCCACUAGUGAGGCUACUGGUAACGUGGUUGUCAGUGAUGUAGAUGCUGAUGGAAGUUAUAUACAGCUAAAAAACAACUCUGAUGAGGAUAUUCCAAUUGGAGGAUGGCUGCUCAAGUUAAAACAUACAGAUGAUAAAGAUGCUGACGAAGUAGCUCAUUACAAAUUCCACCGCACAUUGCAGUUAAAGGCUGGCCAGACAUGUACUGUAUGGAGCUCUGGUACUGGAAAGACACAUAGUCCACCAAGUGAUCUUGUCAUGAAGACUCAGAAAUGGUUGAAGAGCAAGGAUUUGAUGAAAGCAGAAUUAAUCAAUUCUGAUGGAGAUGAGGUAGCUAGCAGAAAGUUGUCCAAGACGAUCUCUAGAACAAGUUCCUCAUUCAGAACCAGUUAUGAUACAACUGAUUCGUCUAGAGGGAGAGAAAGGGAAGGAUGUGCUGUAAUGUAAUCCUUAUAUUGAAGUGCUUCAUAUGUUCUAGCCAGGUUAUAUAUGCAGGGUGCACUGCUAGUUCUUAACAUCGUUAUGUUUUAUCAUGUGUCCUUGUCCGGUAAUUAAGUGUGAAAUAUCUAGCCCUCGAUGGCAGAAUACUUAAGUUGGGAAUUUAAAUACAAAUGAUUUAAUAUGAGAUCACAUGUCACAAAUACGUUGCUCUUUAUGCCAGUAUUUAAGAUAAGCACCCUGCAUGUGACAUCUGGCUAGAAUACUGCCUGAGGACCAGUUGCUCCACAUAGUUUAUAUAGAGAAUAGUACACCAUACAUGUAAUGACUGAAGAAUGUAGCAAAGAUGCUCCUAAAAAGAAAACCAUUAAAGAAAAGACUGAGAAAAGAACAGUUUAUAUAUGGGUUAUCUCUGAAAUAUUGUAAUUGUCUUUUACCUAAGAUGUAACUUGUUAUUAUAAAGAAAGUUUUACGUUGAAAAACUUGUAUUUGAAAGGUUGAUUUUUAUAAGGUUGUAUUUUACAAGUACCUGUUCAUUGUUUAAAUUUUGAAAGAAAUGUAAAGAAGGUUGUUAAGAGAGAUUUAUUGUGAGUGUUUUGGAAAAUGAAGACUGAUGGAGGCUUUUUGAGUGUUUCUCAGGGACGUUAUACCUCAUGUCUUAUGGAAUGUGUUCAUUUUUCCAUCAACUGUAGUCCCUUUAAAUAAGUUUUUCAUGGAUGUCAGACAAAAAACAAAUGCUAUUCCAUUCACAAUCUUAUUGAACUUGCAAUAUUCUGUAUUGAUUAAGGCAGCAAAAGCAUAGAAAAAUGGGGCAUUAAUGUCAGCUGUUCCAAUUAAACACAUAUAUACUACCCAGGGAAGGCACUUUGAAAAUUGGGUACCCACCUAUUAAAACAUUUUUUUUUAUAUAUCACCUGCAUUUAGAAUGUACUAUAACUAUUUGAAAUUCAUCCAUAGUUAAGAUUUUUAAGAAUCUUCCCUGGGUCUUGUUUAUGUCUUUAAGGAAUAUCUUUUUUUCUUCAGUUAUUCAAUUUAAUUAAAGCUUAAAACUAAUUUAAAAAAUGAAAAUACAAAAUACAUUUUUCAUAGGAUAGAUUUUAGAAAUAUGUGGUCUCUGACUUUAAUUCAAAAUAUUUGCUUUGUAAAGCUACGUUCCUCAGUGAUUACAUCUAGAAUGACUAUAUAUGUGAUAAUAUACUUUAUGUUUUUGUCUUGUGCAAUGGGCUUUUUUUUGUAUGAUUCAUUUUGGCAUCUGUUCCAUUAUUUUGAGAUUAUGCAUGGCUUUGUACCUUGAUCUGAGGCUUAACCUGAUCAAUUCAAUUUUCCUAGUUUUGUUUUUGAACGUCUUGCAGAAGCAAGUGUGUAUUACAAAUGUAUCGUUGUUUGAACAAGUCAUCUGAUACAUAUCUAUAAAUGACUAAGAAUUUUUAUAUGAUUAUUAUUAUAAUUUUUACUAUAAGAUAUUUAUACAUGUAUAUGUAAUAGCUGAUUAGUAUAAGUGAAACUGUGUUAAGAAAUAGAUAAGCAAAAAAACGAAAGAAUCUCUCUCUGUUAAUAAAUGUAGCUUUUGCUCCUUUCUUUGACAAUUUCUAUUUCUUUUAUUAUUCAUUCAUAAAGAUCAUGGAAACAAAAUUACUUUUCAUUGUAAAGGUUUUUGUGAAUGCCAACAAAAAAAUGUCUUUUCUAUAGUCUGGAUAUGUUUUAUGAUCAACAAACAAGUAGACAACUUGUUUUCAGCUAGCUGUAGACAGCCGGUUUAUUAAUAUCAUAAAUAGUACUUAUGUUUGAAUAUAUAGGGUUAUAUUUGCAUAAUAUCAACCUGCUGUAUCUAAUUUGAUGUGUAAAUAUUUUUAUUAUGUUCCUUUAUUUUAUUUGUUUCUUAUGAUCUGUUUUUAUACGUUAGUAGUAAAUUGUAUAUUGCCUAGUCGAAUAUUAGCAGUCAAUAUAAUUACAAAAAGGAAUUUCUUUAUGUUCCAGUUUUGUGAAUAUACUAGGUUUUGGUGCUUUUCUUGCCUUCUAGUGCUUCUAUGUAUAUAACAGGGUAAAAUUAAAUUUAAAAGACUGAAAAGACUUUUAUCUCACUUGUUAAUGGUGACAGUGGCACAUUUUAUAAAACCAUUUUGUGACUUCCAUAUUUAUUGAUACAGGCCCCUCUAAGAUUUUUAAGUGUAGUUAAUUUUACACAAUUAGUUAAAGAAAGAUAUAAAAAUUGACCCCACCCAUUUUGAAAAAGAGUAUUUUAAAAAUAUAUAAAAAGUGUCCUCAUAGAAAAUAUGAAGUUUGCAGAUACUUCUAAUUCUUCAAGCAAAACAAAAUAGAAAUGCAUAAAAGUUAGAAUAAUAAAUCAAAAAAAUUCAUAUCUCUGAAUCCAAUCAAAUAUUAAAUUCAGUGUAGCUAGGAAUAAUUAAUCUGUAAAAACUUUAUAAUUAUGCAUAGCUACUAGGUUUCUGCAUUGUAUUUUUCACAUACAUGUCGCUACAAUACACUUUUCUCUGGUUUAGCAUAAGGUAAAAGUAAAUAAUAAGUUUGCUUGUUCAUCAGGUGAAAUAUAAAUUCCAUAAAUAUAGAAACCUAACGAUCAAGACGGCCUUAUAUACAGCAAUGUUUCGCCCUUUCUAUGUCAGAUUGGAUUAACCUACAAAAACAUUGCAACUCUUGAAGAAGGAAGACUAGAAAGUCGAAACUGCACUUAAUAAACAAGUGAAUGUAAUGGCAUUUAAAAGGCAGCUUUACAACAUACCAUCAUAUCUAUAGUUUAUAUCCACAUUCUAUUAGUUUUAUUGUGUCCCUGAUGCGAAAUUAAUGAAACAUGAAACUUAUUUUUUUUUAUUAAUCUAGAUCAGUAUAUUGUGAAGUUGUUCUUUAUAAAUGGUACUUUUGGUUAGGGUUGCAUUUUAUUUUUUUAAUUUAUUUGAUUUAGGAUUUAAUUAAAAGCUUGGGAGGAAAAUGUUUUUGUAAUUUAUGAUUCAUGCUGAAAAACUUUUAGAAAUCAACAAUUUUAGUGAUAUCUAGAAAGUCAUAGAAAGAGACAGGUCUUUUUGAUAGAUUUUACAACUCCUUGAAAUUGGGCAUUUUCAUUUAUUAUUUCAUGUUGUAACCUUGGUCAUCUAUAUAUAGAUUUUGUAAACAUUUAAAUAUAGAUUUUUUUUUGUCCUGGCUAUAGAUAAUUAUAAUUUGAAAAUAGGCUUUUUUUUAAUAAUCAUAUACAUGUUCAGCUUACAAAUAAAAGCGAUUUUUUCCUUAGUUUCAUCAAAAUACUCCCUUAAUACAAAUACUAUCUGCUACACAGAUACACUAUGUAGAUUCUGUAUUCUCUUCACUUUUUUGAAUUAUAAGGAUGGUCCUUCUUAAGCUUAUAAAAUAUUUUGUAUGCUAUUUCAUUAAAAUAUGAUGAGAUGCAGAUUAUUAAUUCUCUAGACCAGUAAUUUCAUGGCAAAUUUUUAUUUUUGAUCAUACAGCAGUAAUCAUGAUACUUCUAUUUCAUCAAUCAUUGUCUGUUUUUAUGCAAAGGUAACAGUUAAAAACACAUGAACAACAUAACAGUGCCUCUCUAACUUGGGUCAGAUAUCACUGAACAGAAUGACUUCAUAUGUGGUAUUUUUUGAUAAGGAUUAAUUGUAUCUUUUUAUUUGAUUUGAUUUUGCCAAGAUAUGUAUUUCCUGUUUUUCUUUGAAAAAUAAUUGGGGAUAGUCUCAGCAUGACAAUAUGUUUAUUUUUUAUUUGUUAAAUAAACAUGUUCAAGGGAAAUAACUUCACAUAUUUUGCUUAUUUAAAAAAAAUAUUAUUUUUUGUUUGCAUAAAUAUUUCACAAGUUGUUCAGAUGAUUUUGAUAUUAUUUUUGGUGCUGUAGUUAUUUUCAAUAUUUUGAGGGUGUUUUUGCUUGGUGAGACAUAAUGGACAUUUGACUAUAGGUGCAUUACUGUAGAAAUACUUCUGAUACAUCAUUGUUUUUUGGUUAUCAGUAACAUCAGUAUUGACUUUCACAAAAAGGGGGAUUUUGAAAAAUAUUUAGAAAUUGAAAAAAAUAUAAUGCUGAAUGAAUAUGCUACUGUUUAUUUCAAGCUGAUGUAUAAUUUUCAAUGUCCAGCAUUUCAUAGAAAAGUUGAGUGUUGUAAAUUAGUUUGCUUUGAGAAAUUCAAAUAGCGAUCUAGAAAAAUAUAAUUAAAAAGAAUUUACUGAACAUGAAAUCUAGAUUUCAUAAUGAACUGGGACUUUAAAACUGGUCGAGUUCAAAGUUUUUUUUUAAUGAUGCUUUUUAACUGCAAACUAUUAAUUAAAUCCCGAUAUUAAAAGCAACCACAGGUUUUUCGCUGAUAAUAUUGGUUAAGCAGCUUGUAAAAUAAAUAAGUUUCCAAAUCAAGACUUAUUACAAUUUGAGACUUUUUAGUUUAAGUAAACCAAUUGAUAUAGAAAUACAUAUUUUGCACAUAAAUAUUUGUGUUUGAAAAGUUCAAAACCCUGCUACCAAAUUGUUGUAUUUGAACCAAAACUAUCUGGUUGUGACUCUUUGACCAUUACUGACCAUUAACCAUGUUUACACUGUGUUUUAUCUAUUUAUCAUUUAGUUUUAUAUGUUCAAGAUAAACAAAAAAUGCUUCUAUUUAGAAAAAAUAAAAAUCUGAUCAUUCUUA